GGAGGCGGCGACGUUUAGGGUUCGGACGUCGGUCGUCACGUGACCAGAUAUCACGUCGCGGCAGAGCGGUCGGUCUCUCCCCUUCGUACCCCGGCUCCUACCGUUCAAGUCGACCGACGAAAUGAGCGCGUGUCUGCAGAGCGAGGAGAGCUUCCGUCAGUGCUGUCGGCGCUUCCUGAAGCUGUCCGACCGCUUGAGAGAUGGCUGGAGUUGGGAGCCCCUCCAGGGUUCGGAGGACGGCUACAUGAGAAAGACGGCUCUCCUCUCGGUCUCCGUCAAUUCCGGGCCUCAUCUUCAUGGCUCUCGUUCCGACAAAGAGUCGCCCGCUUCUUGCCACGGCGUAUGUCCUCAACGAGAACAGGUGAACGCUUCUCCCCAGACCGAUGUCGAUGGCACCCACGACGACUUGGAUCCCGACUCCGAUGACGCCAUCGUGUCCGGAGGCGGCGGUCGCGUGCUUCGGUUGGAGUACCACAUCCUGUAUUCCUGCAGCUACAUGGCGCCCGUGCUCUAUUUCCGAGCGUCCACUCUGGAGGGGAGGAGUCUUUCUCUGGACCAAGUGUGGCCUUGCGUCCAUCCGAGCUUCAGGUCGCGGCUUCAGCGCAGCCCGCUGACAACCAUCACGCAGCAGGAGCAUCCCCUGCUCGGUCAGCCUUUCUUCAUGCUCCAUCCAUGUAAAACGGAGGAAUUUAUGAGACCGGUCCUGCAGUUGGAAGGAGAGCAACGUGGGCAAAUGAACUACAUUUUGACAUGGCUGAGCGCGGUGGGCCCCCUGGUGGGUUUGGAUGUUCCCCUGAAGUACUCCAUCCUGCAGCCUCCCGCUACUCCACCCAAAGCCUCUCUUCAGCCCUCUUGACCAUCCGGACUGCGGAGGUCACUCAGAGCUGAAGCCACUGUGACGCGACGGCACGAGGCGCACUGGAAUGACGAUCCGUCACCUGUCGCGGAUCUCAAAAAGCAUCCAGAUGCAGGAAGUCUCGAGAGGAGAGCGGCACUUCAGCUUGGCAAACGUGUAAAAAGGUGGUGCGCUUUGAUGGCCACUAGAUGGUGCUGUUUAUCAUUGAACAAAAAUGCCUGCACUAGUCAUGCGCCCGCACAGGAACUGGAACGAACUUUUUUUUUUUUUUUUUCAUAUUAAAUUAAGCAAGGACGAAAAUCCGACGCACCUUUUGAGCCCACGCGAAAAUAAUAUUCACUUGUGGACAGCCGAGCGCUCCUUUUUUUAUUUAUUUUAUUUUAUUUUUUUCCCCCCUUUGUUGCGGCACCCAAACGUCACAGAGA